UUGUGCCCCUGCACAUCCUGGGUGGUGAUACUGACACCUUCCUGCUGCCAUGGAGACCAGAGCCCUCUUGCUAAUGCUGCUGGUCCUGGUAGCUGGGUCUUCUGGGGUAGCUGCGGAGUACAUUGGCCUGUCUCCAAGCCAAUGUCAGGUCCCAGCAAAAGUCAGGGUGGACUGUGGCUACCCCUCCGUCACAAAGGAACAGUGCAACAAUCGUGGCUGCUGCUUUGACUCGAGCAUCCCAAAUGUGCCCUGGUGCUUCAAACCUCUGCUGGAGAGAGAAUGCACAUUUUGAGGAUCUCCAGGCUCUGGGCCCUGCACCCUGAACUCUUGCAGACGGUGGUGAGCGAGGGCAACACCUCUCUGCUCUCUCAGCCACUGGCCAAUAUAAGAACCCGGAGUUCUGAAGAAUAAAGAUCCCACAGUCAGCACAAGGCCACCUUGA